AUGUCGAGCAGCCUUUCGACGAUGCCAUUCUCGCGACAGUACGGUUCGUUCCGGAUGUCGACGACAGGCAGCAGUAACACUGCACCGGGCACUUGUUUGCCGGUCGGUGGACAUCAACGGAUGGCACACGGUGGGAUUAAUCGCCAUUCAUCCGGCGCAGAAGCCGGACAGGUAGCGUCCGCUGCUCGCCUACAGAUGGCGCCACUCGGCUACCGAAUUGGUAACCUAGCGCGUCAGUCCAGCAACAAUUGGAUUAACAACAGUAGCGGCAAUAGUACAUUUGCCGCUAUUCGACAACAGAAGAUCUCAACACAGCAGCAGGAGCACUGUUCGGGACGUCCCAUAGCGACGGCAGUAGUUGGCAAGCAGUCCCACGCUGACCGAUGCGCUGUUCACCGUACAGGGGCAGGUCCGAUAGGGAAGAAAAUGGGCGAACCGAUCGGUGACACACCGUUGCUACAGUCACCCCGCAUAAUUGCCCGUUCGGCACGGAUCGUGGAGCCGAACGCGUGGAACCGGCGGCUCACGACGUCCAGCUUCUGCACGGUGGCAAGCACCAUAGCUAGUCAACCCCACCAGGCGGGUAAUCGGUUGCUGCAGACAUCGCUCGCUUGUCGGAAGUCACCCGGCAGCUCUGGCACAUCCGUCGAAUCGAUCGUCCCGAAGUAUACGCGACCGAACGGUGGUGCCAAUGGUGGGACCGGUGUUGUUGGUGGUGGCGAAACAGCGACGGCUCCCCAGAAGCGUACGUACAAUGCGCACAAGCCCCAGAUGCGGAUGGUGUCCAGCCGGACCCUCACGAACACGACCGGCCGGGUGGGUACGGUGGCGAAGAAGGCAACGCUACCGACACCAUCCCAGGACGCGGAGCGUGAAGUUGCCAAGGUACUGCACCAUCACAACAUGCGCGUGAUCGAUCUGCUCAACAACAAUCAUCUGCAGCAAGGGACAAACCGGACCGGGCGCGUUAUUAAGGAGAACAACGAGAACCAUCAGCCGGCGGCGGCGGUAACGCUUGCAGCGACACCGAACGGUGGACAGAAGCAGUCGGGGCCGAAGAAGGGGUCUGCCAUACCGCAGCGUUUGCCACUGGCUGACCGCGACCAGCCAACCGAUCGCAACAGACGGUUGCUGUUGGGCGAAUGUUUCUCCAGCAAGUUCCCGAACGGAUUGCCAUUCGAGCAGGAGUUCUAUUGCCGCCGCUCCGGUCAGGACUCGGACACUGCCGCCCAACCACCGGACGAGGUUGUUGGGCCCGAUGUCGAGAAAGUGGCAGAAGAGGAGGAAGAUGCGCCCAACCGCAGCGAUGCGUAUCAACGUUUACGGAAGUCGAAAAAGCACGCACUUCUGCCACGUCGGCAGGUGGUGGGACAAGGAGGUGGUGUGACGCUAGCUGGACGACGCGUCGCGUUGACCCAGCAAGAUCUGCAACACCGAAGUCGCAGUGUGUCGUCUUCGGAUGACGCUACACCGCCCGCUACAAACACCGCAAAUCCUGAGGAGCGUCGAUCCGUUUCAGCUAUUGAGCGGGAGCACGACGACGAGGACGCGCUGUAUGUAGACUUUACGAAGAUCCACGAUCCCCAGUCCUCGGUGGAGCACCUGGGCGAAGACGGUCCUGCUCACGGCACCGCCCAAACGUCCUUGGUGGAGUAUCGGAACAUUAACCAUAGCAGCUACUAUUACAAAUUCGAGAGUGUCAGCCGUAAAGAUGCGUCCCAGCGGAAGUUGUUGCAGCGACGCCCGGGUGAGGCCAGUAAUGGUGAAGGGCGUCAGGAGGUAGUACGCAACCGCUAUCAACGAUCGCGGCUCGGUUUGAAUCGGUCCGGUGCGUGCAGUCCGGAUGCGAAUGGUAAUACCGGGCGCGAAUAUUACGACGACGAUGAGGAGCGGCUCCAAUGCCAUGACGACGACGACGACGACGACGCCGAGCUCGUGGUGGAGGAGGACGAAGAGGAUGACGAGGAGGAGGAAGGCGAACGGUCGACAGUGUACGUGGCCGUCGCAACGUGGGUUCCGAAGUGCAACCGGUUGCCGAACGAGAGCACCGAAAACAACAACAACAACAACACGAUUUGUCUCACGCUGGCGACUAACAACGGUAACAACGAAGAUAUUGACCAACAGCAGCAACAGCAGCAAAAGCCGCAGCCUACAAGAAUUGCAGUUGCAGCCAACACCACUACUUCCGCUGCAACCACCACCCACCGUACCGGGCUACCCGUGCCAGCACCUUCCAGCUACGGCCAGCUCAAUCAAGCUGGACCGAGCGGCCGGAAUCCGCUCAACCAGGCUCAUCAAAACCAGCCGAGACGAACACAACGGCCCACAACCCGUCCCGUUCAGCCGUCCCAUGUAGCCCGCCGUACGUCCGAAAUCCUCGGCACCUCGACGCGUCCGAAGCAACCGAGCGUUCGCGACGAUGCAGAUGGUCAUCUGAUAUACCGAAACGGGGAUGUGCUGCUCAACAGAUAUGAAAUUCUCUCUACCCUCGGCGAAGGUACGUUUGGACGCGUCGUCAAGGCCCGGGAUAGAGAUCGUAACCACGUAAUGGCGAUAAAGAUCAUCAAGAACGUGGACAAGUAUCGUGAUGCGGCAGAGAUGGAAAUCGGUGCGCUGGCUAAAAUUAAGCAACUCGAUCCCGAUCUGGAGCACCUGUGCGUAAGGAUGUUGGAUUGGUUUGACUAUCAUGGACAUACGUGUAUCGGUUUCGAAAUGCUUGGAUUAAGUGUUUUCGACUUUCUGAAAGAGAACAACUACUCACCGUAUCCGAUCGACCACGUACGGCAUAUAUCUUACCAGCUGUGCUUUGCCGUCCGGUUCUUGCAUGAUAGUCGCCUCACGCAUACGGAUUUGAAGCCGGAAAACAUACUCUUUGUUGACUCGGAGUACAGCAUGACCCCUGCCCGCUUGUUCUCGGAGGUUAGGCCAACGACGAACUGGCGACGUAUUAACUGCACGGAUAUACGACUGAUCGAUUUUGGCAGCGCAACGUUUGACGAUGAACACCACAGCACGAUCGUUUCCACGCGCCAUUAUCGCGCACCGGAAGUCAUUCUGGAGCUCGGUUGGUCGCAUCCGUGCGAUGUGUGGUCGAUUGGUUGUAUCAUGUUUGAGUUGUAUCAUGGUGUGACACUGUUCCCUACGCACGACAACCGGGAGCAUCUGGCCAUGAUGGAGCGCAUCCUCGGUACCAUCCCUUACCGCAUGGCAAGACAAACCAAAACACGGUACUUCCACUACGGCAAGCUAGACUGGGACGAGAAGUCAACCAAUGGGCGAUAUGUGAAUAGUAGCUGCAAACCGCUCCAUCGGUUUGUGCACUCGGACAAACCCGAGCACUUGCAGCUGUUUGAUCUGAUUCGGAAGAUGCUAGAAUACGAACCCACCAAACGCAUAACGCUGGAUAAAGCCCUACGACACCCAUUCUUCGCGAAGCUCCCUGCAGAAAAACGGCUGCAUGAGCAAUAUAUUGUAAAGGCGACCGAUCCGCGGCGCCCCGAACCGGGAAGCAAACCGCGUGCCCCGUUGCCACUGUCACUGUCACUGUUGCCGAUAAUGGCACGCUGGCAGAAGCUUGGCUCGAAAGCUUAAGAAUGCAGCAACAGCACACACCCCUUUACACAACAACAACAACAACAACAAACAACGGUGGGGUUGACAAGAUGGUGGAAGAAGUAAACAAAACAAUGCGUAGAUUCGCUUUGGUGGUGAAGCAAAGGCACACAGACACAACGUUUUUGGGCAAUAUAUCGUACACGAAUGAAGCGCGCGGUUACGACUGGAGCGGUUUGCUACACAAAACAAGAAGGGAAACAAACAAUAGCACUGAAUAGUAUAUGUUACCGUGACAAACAUCGGCGUACACACGCGCACACAGUGUUCAAAAACUAUGUCAAUUUCGCUGCAACAUCUUAAAUUUAACUCGUCCGUAUAGAAGUGUGUGGGUAUGUUCCGUUUGAUGUAGCAUUAUAAAAAAAAGGAAUGGAAAUGACACACCCACACAAUUAAAGGUCAAAGAAAAUGGUCCAGAAAGGUGACCGUGACCGACUACGAUAACGCUAGUUUAUUUAUCCUGUGUCUUCCAGUGCGUGUAGAAAGCGAGAGCGAUUGAUAUGGGCUAGGUAGGCAAACUGCAAAACAGGGUAUUUCGUUUGUUAAUAUGUUUUUGUUGGACGCUGCUCUUGUGCAGCGCGAAACGUGGAUGAGAGUAUCGCAAGACCAAACGCUUCCGGGACAGUUUAAGGAGAAGGAUUCAAACAAAACACCAGAUAUGGUUAUUAUUACUGUCGGACUAGAACCUUAGAUCGAUCAGAGUAAUGAGACAACGGGGACGAUAUUGAUAGUGGCACACACAAAACCAUACUUUCAAGAGUUCAUGCCGUAAAGAGGCAUCUAGGGCCUUGAUGAACGAGCUUCAAAAAUUGAAAUGUGAAGCAAUGAGAGGCGUGAAAUAUUAAACCAAGAUGAAAUGAUACAGCACGCUCUGGGAUACAAAAGAUCGCUAACCGUUUGGAAUUUCAUGAAUGGCAGGGUUGUUAUGUCUUUCUAAGGCACAAACGGUGUUCCUUGAAUUCCACCGUUGCUCUAUCAGUAGCGCAACCGAGAGUACAGCAUGAUUAAUUAAAAUAUAAUGUUUCUUUUUUUUCUCUCUUUUUUUUUCAAAUUCCAAUACCAACAUAGCUAUUCUUAUGUUCGAUUAUUGCUAUUACUAUUAUUACUUUUAUGCAAACCUCUCGGUUUAAACAACCCAGCAUCAAGCAAAUGAGUGCCUGGUAAGGCAAAGGGAGAGAUGGUAAACGCUGACGGUGAUGAAAACAAAGUAAGAAGUAAAACAAUUUGCUCCACUGCUGUUAAGGGAAAGGGGUGAAAUAGUACCGAGCAGAACUGUAAAUAACUCCUUUGCGUUCUUUGCAUACAAUCGCCCGGAUCGUGUGUGUUAGUCAGUGAGCAUAAUCAAUGUCCCAUCGACAAGCGAUUGUUGUUGGAAAAUUGGUUUUGGAGAGUUGUAGCAGCAGUUGGAUGGAGCGUGAAAAAGAAAAUGUUAAAGCCGAGUGUGAUCAACCUAACAAUGUAUAGAGAUGUUUCUAGCGAAAUAGCGUGGCGUCAGGUUUUUUUUCUUUUUAUUAAGUUUUUAGUUUUUGUUUCGUCAUAAAAUUCUCAUCACCUGAUGCAGGUAAAGAUAUUAAAGAAAAUAGAAACUGAAGCAAAACAAAAAAAAAACUGAACUGUUUUUUUUUGUUGUUGUACAUGAAUUGUCGACGAGUCUCUUAUGUUAUUAGCAUUAAAACGAUGCCAACGCGCGAGUUUAUAACACGGUGUGGAAUGUAUAAUAGAUAAAGAGAAUGCGAUUAAGGGAAGAGAUAUAAAUAAAUAAAAAAAUAAGGAGCACAGGGGUAAAAAGCAUCCCCUGCCCAAAUACCCACCAGUGCUGGCGUUGGCUCGCUAGUUAAGGGAUGAACAAAAUGUUACAUGUGAAAAUGCAAACACACUCUAGCGAGGCUCAUGUUUCGAAUGAACUCACAUUAGACACCGGUACAAGGCCGUGAGUGGACACGGAUUAUAACAGGAGUUAAGCGUUGGUGAAAACGAAAUGGGUGAUGUAAAUAACAAAACAACCACCAACAAAGCGAAACAAGUCCACACCUUGGUGAUUACAAUAGAAAUGUGGCGGCUACAACAGAGGUAAACAAAUUUGUACCGCUCGGUGUGAUUUUUGAACUUGUUAGUUAGUAAAGACUUAUUUAAUAAAAUGGAAGAACAAAAAAAACAUGCAAACACAAUAAGUUGGUCGAGUUUGUAUUCGUAUUUUGGUUU